AUGAUGAGAUCAGACUCCGAUCUAGACGAAGUGGAAAGUAUCCAAGAGCUAGCCAUGACCGAAAACGAGGAGAGUACCAACGAUGAAAUAGAAGAAGCUGAGCCAACAGGAGAUGAUUCGAUAAGCAAGGCAUCCAAGAAAGAAUGGAGAAAGCUCUGGCGCUCUCAGAAAGCCUACUGGCGAGAACGUGAAAGCGAGGCCAACCACAAAUAUGAUGAGCGGGAUGAAGCGCCUUCUGGCGGCGGUGAGGAGGGAAAUGAAGGACACUCCAGUUUGAACGACGACGGACAAAACGACGAGCAUGAGGAUAUCACUCAAAUGGCGGGGGAAGAAUCUGCUGUCGGGGAAGAUUCUGACGAAAAUGAUACGGCCAACAACAAUACUUCAGACAUCCAAAGUCCUAAGAAAGGAUGGAAACUAUUGAAAAUUCUCAAACAAAGACGGGCUCAAGAAAAGGAGAAUGGGCAGGGUGAAGCUACCGAGGAGGAAGGCGUGAAAAAUGAGAAAAACGAGGAGGAAGAAUCAGCACUCUGGCGCGAUAUUUCAUUCACAAUUGGUAGUCUUACAGACGAUGAUAAUGGACAAAGUACUGAUGAAGAUGGAAACAAGAGUUUGGAAAACAUCGAAGAAGAGAUUCUUCGCCAAGCGAGUAUUGAGAACAACAAUGACGAUGGUUCGGGCGUAAUUCCUCCCAGUCCUUGGUCUUCGUUAAAACGACUGCGAGACAAAAUAAAAGACAAUUCAACUCCAGAAGCAGAAGAAGAAGUCAAGUUUUUUGGGGACGACUACGAGGCAGAUACCAGAAUUGAUCAACUGGACGAAGGAGAAAAAGAUCAAGUUGAUGGUGAUAGAGAUGAGGCAGGGGACGCACCUCGCGCAUGGGUUUCGCUGAAACGAAUCCGAGACAAAAUAAAAGACAACGCAAGCAUAAACAGAGAAGAAAAGAAUGCCAAAAAUGGUGAAUGGGUUCAGAAGUCUGAUGACAUUGAUGAUGGUGUUGUUGAUGCAUCGGAUGACACCGCCAAAGGUGACGAAUAUCCCGACGCACCAAAUCCGUGGUCAUCUUUGAAACGAUUCCGCGACAGAAUAAAAGAUAGUUCACACCCUGAUGACGGUGAACCAGAUGAACCAGCUGAGAGUAUGGACGAAAAUGUAGAAUCAAAGGCGGCAUCGGAAGCGGCAAAUGACAGUGACGAUACAAUUGAAAAUAACGGAAGCAACGAUGAAAUGGGAGACGAAACCAAUCCCAGAAGAUGGGGAGUACUCAAAAGGAUACGCAAGAAGCUUGACGUUGACAGCAAUGGCAGCAAUGACAGCAUCGAAGAUCAAAUCGAGUCACUCGCCAAGGAAUUGGAGAAAGAACAACAACAUUCGGGUAUUUCUUUCGCCAAUGACGAGAAUAUAGACGACGACAUUCCGCCCGAAGAGGAUGCUGAAAAACCUCAAGACGAAACCAACAACGGGCCAAGAAAAGGCUGGACUUUACUGAAGAGGGUUCAAGAUAGAUUAACCUCGGAGAAAGAAAUUGACGACGAAACUGGCGGUUAUGAUAACAUCGAUAACGCUUUUGCGUUUCGCACCUUCCAUGUUCUUCAUACUCGAAACCAAGAGUUGGAAGACCUUGUCGAGAGACUCCAGCGAGCAAAUGAAAUUUUGAAGGCCGAGUGCAAACUGAACACGGUGAAGGUGGUUGAGCUGUCAAACAUGAUUGAGACAAAAGGCGGUAAUUGUGUGGAAGAUGUGCUGUUGCAGAAGUCAAUCGAAAAUGCCGAAUUGUUAAUGCAAGUUGACGAACUUCAAGUCGAGCUGAAUAAAGCAAACAACUCUGUUGAUAGCCUCAAGGUUGAGAACAAGGAGCAGAAACGACUCAUCCAUGGCAUGGGUAGGGUACUUGAUGCGCUGCACUCCACACGUGUCGAUGAUUCGUCCUCAAAUGUACCAAGUAUGGGUUUGGCUGGAGAACUAUCCAUUGAUGAUCUGGAACCCAAAGUAGAACGGAUAAUGGAAGACAGAGAGCAGUUGGUCCUUCGAUGCAACCAGUUGGAACGAGAAAACGAAUUGAAGGACGAACAAAUUGAAAAGUUAUCGGAAGCCUUGGAUGCUCAGUCGUUCCACCAAGCUUCUCUGGAAAAGGUCAAGGGAGGAGAUGACGAUUCGUCGGUUCAUUCAGAAAUGACAAGAUCGACGUACACUGGAACAUCCGUGUCCUCAAGUUCUGUGGAAGAUGAUAGUGACGACAAGUAUAACUCAAGAAUUCGGAAUCUAUACCAUUCCGUUUCGUCCAAGAUGAUGUCGGGCAACAUGAUGGAAAUCGCGGAAGAAGACAACAACCCGUACUUCGAUACUGAAACUUUAUGCACCAACAACGACGACGACUCUUCAGUGAACGCCAUCCAAGGACAUGGCGACGAUUUGGAAUCGUCCAUCAAGAAGCGACUGAAGACUUCAGACCCAAAGUAUGUCGAAUUCUUGUCAUUGAUGGCCAAGAAGGGCAUGGUAUUGAAGUCCGUGCCAUCCGAAGAAGCAACAGAACACCCUGAUGAACGCCAAGAGCAAGAAACCAACAACAGAGAUGAAAUUAUUUGCGAAUUGGUGAUAUGA